UCCGCCGCGGCGGCGGCGCCAUGUUGGCGGCGGCGCGGCGGCAUGUGGCGUGCGCUGUCUCCGGCGGGGUGGACAGCGCCGUGGCGGCGCUGCUGCUGCGCCGCCGAGGCUACCAAGUGACAGGCAUCUUCAUGAAGAACUGGGACCCUCUGGAUGAACAAGGAGCUUGUUCUGUUGACAAAGAUUGUGAGGAUGCUUACCGGGUUUGUCAGAAGCUUGAUAUUCCUUUUCAUCAGAUUUCAUAUGUGAAAGAAUACUGGAAUGAAGUAUUCAGUGACCUCUUAAAAGAAUACGAACUGGGAAGGACUCCUAAUCCUGAUAUUGUGUGUAACAAGCACAUCAAAUUCAACUACUUUCUUCACUAUGCUAUGGAUAACCUUGGAGCAGAUGCAAUUGCUACUGGGCAUUAUGCUAGAACCUCACUAGAGGAGGAGGAAGUUUUUGAGCAGAAGCAUAUUAAAAGACCACAGGGGCUUUUCAGAAACCGUUUUGAAGUUAGAAAUACUGUAAAACUCCUUCAAGGAGCUGACCUCUUUAAAGACCAGACCUUCUUCCUAAGUCAGAUCUCACAGGAUGCUUUGAGGAAAACCAUUUUUCCUUUAGGGGAUUUAACCAAAAGCUUUGUAAAGAAGAUUGCAGCGGAACAUGGCCUUCAUCAUGUGCUAAAGAAAAAAGAGAGUACUGGAGUUUGUUUCAUUGGUGAAAGAAACUUUGAAAAAUUCCUUCUUGAGUAUUUAGAACCUCAACCAGGUAACUUUGUUUCCAUUGAAGAUCAGAAAGUGAUGGGAACACACAAAGGUUGGUUCCUCUACACAAUAGGCCAGAGGGCUAGGCUAGCAGGCCUGAAGGAUGCUUGGUUCGUUGUAGAUAAAGAUGUUAGCACUGGAGAUAUCUUUGUGGCACCAUCAACAGAUCACCCGGCACUGUACAGAGACCUACUGCGGACAAAUCGAGUGCAUUGGAUAGCAGAGGAGCCUCCUGCAGAGCUCAUUAGGGAUAAAAUGAUGGAAUGUCAUUUCAGGUGUCGACACCAGAUGGCACUGGUGCCUUGUGUGCUGACUUUAAACCAAGAUGGCAGUGUGUGGGUGACUUUAGUGAAGCCAGAAAGAGCUCUCACACCUGGGCAGUUUGCUGUGUUCUACAAGGGUGACGAGUGCUUGGGUAGUGGGAAGAUCCUAAGACUGGGUCCAUCAGUGUAUACCUUGAAACAGGGCAAAAACCGAGAGGAAAGCGCGAAGAAGGAAGAGAUUGACAAGAUAGAACCAGCAACGUAACAUGUAAAUUUAUUUGCUGAUGGACUUUGGAGAAUUUGUAGCCUGAGAAUAAUAAAAGCAAUAGCAACACCUUUUUUUUUUUUGUUGACCUGUAAUAUUCAAAUGGUCAGUUGAGUGUCUAGUUCCACCUCUUGACUGUUAGUGCAAAACAGAUUUAAAACAAAAAACAGUUCAGUAUAAUUUCAUUGAACUUGAUGCUAAUAAGUGUCAAGGAAUAUCUUAAAAUUGCUCUGUAAUAAUAGUUAUACAUACAAGAAUUUUAAUAUAAAACAAUCAUGUCUGACAACAUAAACCUCUAAUGCAUAAGUGAAACAACAUACAAAAGGAGUGGUUAUUGAACUCUGGAGAAGGAAUGAGUGAUAUUUAAGUUCAGCAUUUUGCAUGAACUAUAAGCAACGGAUAUUUAUUUUUCACUUUAUGUAAUUCUAUAAAAGCUGUUUUAGACUCUUAAACUGUAUGCAGUUGUGGUUUAACAUGUUUAAUAUAAUAAAGAAGUACAAAUCUAGGGACUUGAAAAGAGUCUCAAUACUUCUUAAGUUCCUCAUGGAACUGAUUAAUUUUUUUAUUAGCUACUCAGGGCAGAUAUUGUCUAUUUUGUCUUUGGAGAAGAGAAUGCAUUGUUAGUGAUUUAGAAAAAUACAAAUGCAUAUGCAUUUCCUUAUUAUAAAGUUAACUAAAUGCAGACUGUAUAAUAAUUGGGUGUUAGAUCAUACCGUAAGGUAAAAUGGGGCAGUAUUAGGAAAAACUGAUACCUGUGCCCAAAUUGUCCGAAGAGUUAAAAUGACUGAGUGUGCGUUGAGGAUGCUCUAAGAGUAUUAUAAACAUUUAGUACAAUGGGUCAACAAAAUGGAAAUCCUAUAUUUCAGCAUGAUAAAAGAAAGCAACUCAUUAAAGUGCAGCCAUGCAGGAACAAGACUUUUUAGAUAGAUGUAGAAUUUUGAAAUAUCUGUGUCGAAUUUGCUCAAUAAGAAAGCUGUAACACAAACAGAGCUUUUGAGCAAAUAUGUAGGCUUGGAUUACAUGUAGUCUUCUUUUCUUUUGUCCUAGUGUCUUUAUGGGAAGGAAGGAAAAGAAUUCCUUCUACUUUGUAACAACAACAACAAAAAAAGUCUCUGGACUCCAAAGCGUGGAAAUAGAAGGGGAGGACAUGCUUUGGUAUCCAAUUGCCAGUCUCUUGCUUAGUUAAACAGACUGUUCAGGAAGCCCCAUUAAAAAAAAAAAAAAAAAAAAAAAAAAGACUAUAAUAAUCUUUAAUAGUCUAAUAAUCUAUUGAUCUGACAUUUCAGUGUAGCUGACUGAGGAGGGGGGAAAAGCCAUCCUUUCCAUUAGUGCCAAGAUAAAUUAAAUUUCUGUCUGUAGGGUGCCGCUCUAUGUGGAGAUUAACUCUAAAGGCUGUUCAUGUUUCAUCUCAGCUCUUAAAUUCUGUUAGGUUAGUAAUGUAAUGAGUCUGAGUAUUGUUUUUUACGUUUUUUCCAGCAUUGUCCUUAUCUUUCCCUGAAAUUUUUGCCUUUGCAAAAUGUGAACUUAAAGAGUUAAUGAUCUAUAUUUUUCUCAUCUGAGUUUUCCAGUAAACGUCCCAAUAAAAUCUUCACAAAUGUUUUGUGUAA